AUGAAGAGAGUCGGAGACAUGAGAGGAGUAGGAGUAGGAGAAGACCAUCAUCAUCGUCAUCAUCAUCAUCAACAUCCUCCCCUCCGUCAUCACGACCUCGAGACAAUCACAACAGAACAUCUAGUCGUCGUAAAGAUCGUAGUAGAAGUAGAUCUGCUGCUGCUCCUGCUGCUGCUGCUAGCGGCGGCGGCGAAUAUAAUGAUGAUGAGAAUAGAGGCAGUAGUAGUAGUAGGAGGAGGAGAGGGUCGAGUCUUGAGAGGAGACGUGACAGGAGGUCAUCAUCAUCAUCAGGGGAAGAGCGUCAUCAUCAUUAUCAUCAUUCUAGUCGAGAGCUUCAGAAAGAUUCAAGAGAUCAAAGAGAUGAGGAUCUAA